CGUUUGUUUAGCUUUCCACUUUAAGAACACCCAGCGCUCUCCCUAACGAACCAACUACCAGUUUCAUUAACCUUCACAAUGAGUGCAAAUGAUACUGUUCAAUUAAACGGCUAUGUUGGUUUCGAUACAAUUACUUCUCAAAUAAACCGGAAGCUAAUUCUUCGAGGAUUCCAAUUCAAUGUGAUGGUUGUUGGUCCUUCAGGAACUGGUAAAAGUACCUUAAUUAAUACGCUGUUUUCGACGCACAUAAUGAACAGCAGUGGUCGCGAUAACAUUGACGAACCCAUUCGUCAAACGACUGAAAUUUCGGUCAUCAGCAAGGUUAUCCAAGAGAACAAGGUCCAACUACGCCUGAACCUUAUUGAUACUCCGGGAUAUUGCGAUCAGAUCAACAAUGACAAAUGUUGGGAGCCAAUCAUUAAAUAUAUCCGUGACCAGCAUGCUCUCUAUCUUCGACGUGAAUUGACUGCCCACCGUGAAAAAAACAUUCCUGAUACCCGUGUGCACUGUUGUUUGUUUUUUAUUCGCCCAACGGGUCACAACCUGCGACCUAUCGACAUAAGUGUCCUUAAAAGACUUUCCGAAGUUGUCAACGUCGUUCCUGUAAUUGCUAAAUCCGACUCACUGACGAUUGACGAGCGUCUUGCUUUCAAACAACAAAUCCGUGAGGACAUUGCGAAACACGGUAUCCACCUUUACCCAUACGACUUGGAAGAUAUGGACGAAAGCGAGCGCAGUCUCAAUGCGGCCGUUCGUAACAUUAUCCCAUUCGCAGUCGUCGGCUCGGAAAAAACCGUCAUGGUAAAUGGAAAGCCGACACGCGGACGUCAAAACCGUUGGGGCAUUGUCGACGUGGAAAACGAAAAUCACUGCGAAUUUGUAUACUUACGCAACUUUUUAAUUCGCACGCAUCUUCAAGAUUUAAUCGAAAUGACCGCUUGCGUUCAUUACGAGCGCUUCCGUACAAAGCAACUUCUUGCACUCAAAGAGCAAUCCUCCUCCCAGGUUCCGUCAACCGCUGGUACAAACACAAACACCCUUACCCUUGCUCAGAAAGAAGUUACAAAACAAGCGCAGACCGCCGCUUGAAGAGAUACGAACACCCAUUUAAUGAUGACGACGCGAACGCAGGACGCAAACAACGCAUGAUUAGAUUAUUAUAAAGACAGCUCACUAAAUACAAUCACCGUUCAUUCAUCCUUGCACCAUUAACAUGUUAGAAGAGAAGCAGAAACUUAUUUAAUAAUAAAAUGAUGGAAAUGAUGCAUUCUAA